AUGUCCGCCAACCCUGAAGAUGUUGAGGUUCUCGUCGAUGCUAUCAAAAACCGGCAAAAAUUUCCCCGGCCCUGUGUGAAAGCAUACGACAGGCUUGGCGAGACAGCCAGCGAAACGACGGAGCGCAUUUUCUUUGACACCGGCGGUGUAUCUGCCUGGGCAGCUUAUGUGCUGACCAAGAGGGCUUCCGAAUCCACUGCGCAUGUUUCAGGGCGGUCUAGACGGCGGCAACUCCUCGCCAGGAUCGAAGCAUCAACAACCAACGCCCGCAGGGAACUCGCAACGCGCUUGGCGGCUGCUCUUGAACCUGACCGCGAACGGGUCGAGCAGCUCGUCAGGGUCGCACAGCAACAGCCAGACCGGGCGAGGCGGUCAGGGCGGCAGAGCAGGGACGGCAGUACAGCAACCCGACAGACGCCUGAAGACGGCAGCGAAGGUGACAGCCUACGGCCGCAAGGAGGUCAAGAAAUCCAGGAGGGAUCAUCGCCGAGCAGGAACCAGAUCGCACCGCCAGCUUUCGGCGCUCUCCCAAUCUUCACAAAGGCCCCAGUUGCGGGGUGCAGGCGGCUCUUCCCCCCUUACCUGGCAGCAUCGAUCAAGAGGGAUAACGAUCAUUUCGCUGUCGUCUCCAUGUUACCUACAAGUACAGCACAGAGCUCGGAGUACCUUCUAAAGUUGGAGAUCACAGAGGAUACGGUUGGGUAUAUCGCGAUGGAGCUGUUCGGGGCCCAUCUGGAGGCAAAGGGUGGCUGGCGCUAUGUGUAUCUUAUGGGCACAACUAGAGUUGCACCCCGCCCGGCACUGCUGCUCCAAGGCUGUCGCGACACAGCUACCAUUGUUUCCAGCCCCUUAGACAGAGGGACAUCGCGGAGCUUUUCUAAUCACCGGCGACCCCAAUCCCUCGUCGCAGGGCUCGGAAGCGACGGUCGUAGGGACAUCUCAGUCACGCAAGAGGAAGAGGCACUCGCGUGCACACCUGCCGUCGACUUUGCGACGGGGACCUUGCACAAGCGCGGGGACCUAUGA